CCCAACUAGUGUUCUAUAUUGACAAAGCAGCAAGAUGAAGGUGUUUGUGCUCUUUCUCACUCUGUCAGUUUGCUUAACAGGAGCUGUGGGUCAGACCACACAGAGUCAGAUAUCGUGUUUCUUUGACAGCCUCACUGAACUAAAUCAAAACUGCCUUGAGGCAUUCGGUAAUGCCUUCCAGAUUGGCGGAGAUAUCGAUCCUGUUGUCCUUCAGAACUUUUGUUCAAACAAAGAUUAUUGUGCCAGUGAGGUGAACGCUGUACUGAUGGAUAGGUGCCAGUUGCCAUUUAUUGAUGGGUUGUGCUCUAUGGAUGAUAAAGGACUCUGCCUUGCUCAAAAUGCAACUGUGUUUGGGGAGAUGGUUGGCCAGGUCAUUGCAGGACCAUGCCUAGCCACCAACUGUCCACAUGCAACUCAGCUGUGCACAAUCUGACGUACUGUGUCGAUGGAUUGUCAAAGGUUACUGCGGUGGCCGGUAUCGACAUUACCGAUCUACUGCCCUCUGGGUGCACGGCUCCAGUGUGUAAUAACACAUUGGGAGGAGGAGCUGCCCUGAUCAUUGCCAUGCCUCUGGCCAUUGUGAUGUCACUGUUGCUAGCACUGGUUGCUGUCCUGUAGAAACUGUGAUGUAGCAUCAAAACUGUGAUGUAGUAAUAGAGAACAGUGUGUAUAUAGCUAGGUUUUAUAGGUGAACUCUAAAAUUUGAAACAUUAAAUUUUUUGUAAUCCUGCGAAAAGACACACCAGCUCUCC